AUGAUCUCAUUCGCGCCUCGGAGGUUGAUCAUUUUUUUGUUGGGAUUAGCUGCCGUUUUAUCUUUAGCAUCUUGGGGGCACCGCCGACACGCACACAGUAUGUCAAUGCUCGCGGACAACGCUACGAAUACCAACGACACCGCUGAGAAGAUCCACAGCAAGGCUGACGAGACUGGGCCACCGGCUCACAAUGAGCUAUUUUGUGCUGUCAUGAAUCCUAUAACGGGCAACUAUAUCGAUCUUUCACAACUAUCUACGACUCCAAACCAACCUCGUAAGGGCGAAAAGGCACGUAAGGAAAGAAAAGAUGCCGGAAAGACUCGCUGGCUGGUCAAAGGGCAAGAACUCAACACAAACUUCACGUUGGGGAUUUGCUCAAGCCCGGUGUUGGAAGAAGAUCCUCUUUCAAACUUGACCGGAGGGUACUAUGUGGAUCCUGUGGACAAGCAUCUAGUCUCGAUCGGAGAGUUCACAACCACGCCGCAGUUGGUGGGGAAGAGGCUUACGUUGAAGUACGAGGGCGGUGACAAGUGUCCGAACGGAGUGGACAAACGUGCUACGCUACUGAAUUUUGUGUGCGACAAAGAGAUAUCUACCAAGGCUCAGAUAUCUUUCAUUGGGUCGAUGAACAAUUGCUCGUACUUCUUCGAAGUCCACAGCAUUCAUGCAUGUCCGACAUCGCACAAGAGCAACGACGUCAACGUCCUCGGGAUCUUUUUUGGGAUCUUUAUGGUGUUUUUCCUAGUAGAGUGGGGAAGACGCUGGUUUUACAAUAAGAUGCGCGCUUCCAUGGCGUUGUCACCACAGCUGGUCGAGGAGCAGCCGCGCCCGCAUUGGGAUAGCAUAGAGAGCCAGUCCCACUGGAAAACCAUGCUCAAGCGCCUGUUCGGGAGGGACCAAGGGUCGCGCCACGGUGCGAUCAAGUUGCACACGUCAGCGCAAUACGGGCGCAGCACUGAGUCGCUCGUGAGGGAUAUAGAAGCGCAGAAUCAGCUAAUGGACAACCUUGAGGUGACAAGCGUGGACACCUGA